AUGACAGUAGUACUUACAAUUAGAUGUGCUUUUUCAGCUUUAUUUGUAUGUUUGAUUUUGAAUAUUUUGGAAUGCUUAGCAUCCUUUAUCCUUAUCAAGAAGUAUACAACCAUAGUUAUUGUAAUUCAUAAACUAUCAAAUAUAGCCUUAAUAACAUCCUUUUUCUUUCAACAUACUUUUUAUGAUUGCACAACUUUAAUACUUUAUAUAAUAUCUGACACUUAACCAAUUUUAGCCUUAAUUGAAAAAAAAUAAUAUUUCCUCAAUUUUUAAUAUGCAGUAAUAUUUUAUGCAAGUGUAAGUGCUACAUUAAAUAAACAAUUGAACGACUAACUGUUUCUUAUUUUUACAAUGUUUGUAUAUUUCAUAUCGUCAGUACCUUAAUACUUAUUUUGGUAAAUUGCUGAUAAAAUUACAAAUAAUAGCUCAAUCUAAUUGCAAUAAUCUUAAAUAUAAAAUAGGUAAGUUUAAAAUCAAUUACAUUAACUUUAAUUGCAAUCAUCACGUAAAGAAAUAAAGGAAUUUAUUGAAUUGGAUUAACCUAAUUCAGCUAAGAUGGAUUCUUUUCUUGAUAAUCAUGAAUUACCAUUCAAAAAAUCAAAUAUUUCUAUUUAACUUUCUUCAGGUAGACCACUCAAAUAAUCAGAAUAAAUAUCAAUUGAAGUUUGUCAUUAAUCUCAAUUAUAAGAUAAAAUUUGGAAACAAAGAUUAAAAAGUAUACCUGUUGGCAUUGCUUUGAUUGAUAAAAAUACUAAUGAUUUUACUUAUAAAAACCAAUAUCUAGAUUAAAUGAUGACAAAAACUCUUCAAAUAGAAUUUGAAGAUUAUCCAGCAUAUUUAUUAAAUUAAUUGAAAUUUAAAGUGAUAGAUUAAGGCUCUGAAUACAAAAGAAGCAAUUUUACUCAUUAUUUUAGUAUGAGAUAAAGCAAAGCCAAUAUUUAAGUAGAUUUUCCAGGCAAAACUCUCACAUAAUCUUAAUAAGCUCACAAAAAAAAAGGGUCUGAAUCUUCAAAAAACAUAAGCGAAUUCGAAAUGCAUCAUCCUUAAAAAGUUUAUUCCCUUAAUUAAAUUAUUAAUAAACUGCAAGAUGGUUUCUUUGAUAAUUAAUUGAAUGAUUAAGAUCACACACUAGAACUAUAUUGUAAAUAUUAAUUGAAUGUUAAUAAUAUUAUUCACUUGAAUCUUAAAGUGCUUUACAGUCCUGAUCAAGUAGAAAUGACAGUUAUUAUUUAAGAUUACACAAGAUAAAAUAAAUUACAAAGAAUUGAAGAACAAGAGGAAUUCAAAUCUAAGAUGAUCAGUUCAUUUAGUCAUGAAUUGCGUACUCCAUUAAAUAGUGCCACUUUAUUCUUUAAAUCAGCUUUACUUGAUAAUCGUUUAGAUAAAUAAAUUAGAGAUAAUUAUAUAUUACCUGGAUUAUCAUCAUUAAUGAGAUAAUCUCAUUUGGUUAAUGAUAUUAUAGAUUUCUCUCAAAUUAAUGCUGAAAUUUUAGAAUUAAAGUAUUCUGAAUUCUAUUUAAAGGAAUUAAUUUAGGAAUUGACCUAAUUAUUUAAAUUUGAAUUCAAAGCUAAAAAAAUUGGAUUAGCCUUUAAAGUAGAUUAUAAUGUUCCACCAACAAUCAAAUCAGAUUACCAAAGAUUACUUUAAAUAUUAAUAAAUUUACUUUAUAAUGCUUUGAAAUAUUCAUAGCAUGGAUAUGUUUUGGUUACAAUUAAAGCUAAUGAUACUUACAGUAAUAUUCUAUUCUCAAUAGCUGAUGAGGGAGACGGUAUAACUUCCUAAAAAUUGUACUAAAUUUAAAAUGUUUUAAAAGAUCAUCACACUUCUACUUAGGAUUGGAAUGGAUUUGGUUUGAUUUUGUCUUAAAUGUUAUUGAGAUACUUAGGACCUCUUCAAAAUAAUGAUUUAAUCAUUAAUUCUUAAGGUCUUGGUUUAGGAACAACAGUAUAAUUUAAUAUAAAUAAUCACAUUAACAUUAAUGAUUAUUACGUAAAGACAAGGAAAAACAUUUAGGCUCAUGAUCAAAUAUUGACAUUACCUGAUUUAGAUGAAUACAAUGGACUACUGAUUACAAUUAAAAGUUAAACCUAAAGUAAGUAAAUCUUGAAUAUAGAAAGUAAAUAGAUCUUAAAUCAAUCAUUAACAUCUUAUAAAGCAAUUGAUGAUUUCAUGAAGAUCCCUGAUGCUUAAACUCAUUUGGUCUCAGAACUUAAUCUAUUAUAUAAAAAUGGACGGAUUAAUAAGGCUAAAUCUUUUAAGAUUCUAAAACCUUAAGAAUAAAAAUACUAAAAAUGCAAUUGUAGAACUAUACUAUCAGUUGAUGAUGAAAUAUUUAAUUAAUAAUCCUUGACAUGUAUUUUAUAAAAAUUCAAUUUUGAAAUUGAAACUGCUUAUAAUGGGUAGUAGGCAAUAAAAAUGAUAGAGUAAAAAAACUCAUGUGGUUAACAAUGUCGUAAAUAUUUACUUAUUUUAAUGGAUUGUUAAAUGCCUGUAUUAGAUGGAUGGUAAACUUCCAGAAUACUUAAGUAGAAAUUUCAAUAAGGAAUACUCAAACCUAUUCCUAUUGUAGGUUUUACUGCUUUUACUAGUAAAUAGGAUCUUGAACAAUGCAAAUAGGUUGGUAUGAUUGAAGUACUCAAUAAACCUUUAUAAGUCAAAAAACUCAAAUGUAUUAUGGAGAAGCUUAAUUUAUUAUGA